GAGGGGCUGAGGAGCCCGAGGGCACCCACAGGGAGAUUCCUGAAGCUGACUCAGAGCCACGGAGGAUUUGCCUGUUCUUUGUUACCUGCUUGUGCUUCCCAUUGACCAACCAGACUGAAAGCAGAAGAGAAGGAAGCCUGUGGAAGCACUCCACACAGGAAAUUUUGAUGCCAGAGUACAGCAUUCAAGAACCCUAAGAUACAGAUAUUGUUGGAACUUCUCCAUAUGCCAAUUCUUCCUAUUCUCAUGCUGGUAGAGUUCCACUUUUGAGUAGAUCCCAUCUUCCUGCCCAAGGCUCUCUAGCUCCAGCUCACUGCAGGAGGGAAUUAUGACCGAUCGAAGGCACUCAUAUGGUCUCAUUCUCCUUGCUGGGAAUUGGUUAGAAUCCCAAAACAAAAGAGCAGAUUGAAAAUCUGUUACGGAAUGGGAUGAACAAGGAGCUGCGAGAUCGUCUUUGUUGCCGAAUGACUUUUGGGACUGCAGGACUUCGUUCUGCUAUGGGGGCAGGAUUUUGCUAUAUUAAUGACCUUACAGUAAUACAGUCAACACAGGGAAUGUACAAAUACCUUGAAAGAUGUUUCUCAGACUUCAAGCAGAGAGGCUUUGUUGUUGGGUAUGACACCCGGGGUCAAGUAACUAGCAGCUGCAGCAGCCAGAGACUUGCUAAACUCACUGCUGCAGUCUUACUGGCCAAAGAUGUUCCUGUGUACCUUUUUUCAAAAUAUGUUCCUACACCUUUUGUACCAUAUGCAGUCCAGGAGCUCAAAGCAGUUGCAGGUGUGAUGAUUACUGCUUCUCACAACCGCAAAGAAGAUAAUGGAUACAAGGUUUAUUGGGAAACUGGUGCUCAGAUCACAUCUCCUCAUGAUAAAGAAAUUCUGAAAUGUAUCGAAGAAUGUGUGGAACCUUGGAACGGUUCCUGGAAUGAUAAUUUAGUGGAUACCAGCCCACUGAAGAGAGAUCCUCUGCAGGACAUUUGCAGAAGAUACAUGGAAGACCUUAAAAAGAUCUGUUUUCACAGGGAAUUAAACUCAAAGACCACCUUGAAAUUUGUACAUACAUCUUUCCAUGGGGUUGGACACGACUAUGUGCAGUUGGCUUUCCAAGUAUUUGGUUUUAAGCCUCCAAUUCCAGUACCAGAACAAAAAGAUCCAGAUCCAGACUUUUCUACCGUUAAAUGCCCAAAUCCUGAAGAAGGAGAGUCUGUGCUGGAACUUUCUUUGAGACUGGCAGAGAAAGAAAAUGCCCGCGUAGUGCUAGCCACUGAUCCUGAUGCAGACCGGCUGGCAGUGGCAGAGCUUCAGGAGAAUGGUCAUUGGAAAGUUUUCACAGGGAAUGAAUUGGCAGCUUUGUUUGGGUGGUGGAUGUUUGAUUGCUGGAAGAAAAAUACAUCAAGAAAUGCUGAUGUGAAGAACGUUUAUAUGUUAGCCACCACAGUCUCUUCCAAAAUUUUGAAGGCAAUUGCACUUAAAGAAGGAUUUCAUUUUGAGGAAACAUUACCAGGUUUUAAAUGGAUUGGAAGUAGGAUAAAAGACCUCCUGGAAAAUGGGAAAGAAGUCCUUUUUGCAUUUGAGGAGUCGAUUGGUUUUCUGUGUGGCACUUCGGUUUUGGAUAAAGAUGGGGUGAGUGCAGCCGUUGUUGCUGCCGAGAUGGCAGCUUACCUGGAAACCAUGACUAUAACAUUGAAACAGCAACUGAUUAAGGUUUAUGAAAAAUAUGGUUAUCACAUUUCAAAAACUUCGUAUUUCUUGUGUUAUGAUCCAAGUACCAUCAAAAGUAUAUUUGAAAGGCUUCGCAAUUUUGAUUCUCCAAAAGAAUAUCCAAAAUUCUGUGGGACAUUUGCUAUAUUACACAUACGGGACGUUACCACUGGCUAUGAUAGCAGCCAGCCUAAUAAGAAAUCAGUGCUGCCUGUCAGUAAAAACAGCCAAAUGAUUACAUUUACUUUUCAAAAUGGCUGUGUUGCUACUCUUCGGACAAGUGGCACAGAACCAAAGAUAAAGUAUUAUGCGGAGAUGUGUGCAUCCCCCGAGCAGAGUGACACUGCCUUCCUAGAAGAGGAAUUGAGGAAACUCAUUGAAGCUUUGAUUGAGAAUUUUCUUGAGCCCAGUAAAAAUGGACUGAUCUGGCGUUCUGUUUAGUGCACACCAGUACGCCAUGACUUUGCACCGGCGCAUAGAACAGAACAACCUGGAACUCCAUGCGCUGAAGUCAUGUUAGCGUUCUCUCUCUAUCUCAUCUGGCCAACUAUCUUUGUACUUUGAUUUUCUUUCCUUUGGUGGGCUGAUGCAACAAACUGUAUAAAUUCAAAAGGAAAUGGUCUGGAGAGAAAGGAUUCAAAUUUUUUCAUAAUCUUGAACAACUGUCAUUGCAUUGAAAGUAUUCUAGUAACACGUUGUUCUUCCUUUAACAGAAAAAAAAACCCAAUACAUAAGUGAGUUUUCUUAUUGAAGUGUGAUUAAGCUUAGUUCCAUAUUGUAAUUGUGUAUAGCACGGUUUUUUAAAAAGGCAGAUAAAUGUUAUAUAGUUGUAGAGUUAGUUAAGGAAAUUAAUCUAUAAAAUUGACAAGAAAAUAGCAUUGCUGCCAGCAUAGUGUGGGAAAGUGUCAUUAUUUCGUCAUAGGUAUUAACUUACAAAGUAGAGUAUUUGAAAUCGGGUGUUAGCAUUUCUAGCUUAGAACAGAUGUUACCAUAUGUGGUUUCAGGUGCUCUUGGUGCAGUGUAAAUUUAUUGUGUGUAUUUAAAAUUCUGACGUUUACUGAACAUGAAAAAAUAGUGGCAGUGCUCCUAGUGGCUUCAUUCUUGUCAGAUUUCUUGGUGCCUUCUCAGGGUAUGGUGUGAAUUAAAACAGUGUUCCUGCAUUGAAUAUAAUUUAGUCAGUUAAUUUUCAGAUAGUUAUUUCAGACCAAACUAUGUAGGUGCUUCCCCUCUAUAUCAGAUCAAUUUCCCCCAUUUAAAAAUCUUAUGAAUGUAAAUAAAAAUCCUAAUAAAAUCAGAGUCAAUGUAACUGUGCUUAAGGAUCUUCUUGUAAGAAUUAAUGUCAAUAACACAGCCUUCAGGUAAAGAAAAAAAUCUGAACUGAGAAAGGAGCUCUGAAUUUAUUUAAAAAUCUGACUUUGGAAUUACAUUUUUAUAAGUAGAUUUAUUCCUUUAUCAGAUGAAGUAAUGCUAAUUUUUCUAAGAAAUAAAAUAUCCAGAUUUUAGGUGUUAUCUAACGCUAAAACUACAUGUUUUAAAACUAAAGUCCAGUUUAUUCUAUUAUCAUGCUGGCCACUGUAGAAUUUCUGAUCCCAAGAGUGCUCUUUCUUUUUCACUGUGGAAAAAAAGUUUGCAUAUUUUUUUCAAGUAGGCUCUAUGCCCAGCGUAGAGCCCAAUGUGGGGCUUGAACUCAAGACCCUGAGAUCAAGACCUGUACUGAGAUCAAGAGUCGGAGGCUUAACCGACUGAGCCACUCAGGUGCCCCUCAGUGUGGAAAAAAAUUUUGGAAGGUCACUUUUGGUUGCUUCUCCAGCCUUCUAAAAAAGUCUUAGUAGAGAAGUACCAAUUUCAUUUAAUUUAAUGUUAUUUUGUUUUCUUAAAGUGUCUCCUGUCCUAUACCACUCACAGGAUACUUAAACACAUGUUGUAUAGUUAAGGGGUAACAGUAACAAGACCUGGGGUGUAAUCAUACUAAACAAAUUGCUAAUGGGACAUAACUGGCAUUAGAGUAUUUAUUUCCUAAAUAAUAAUAAUGAUAUAACGUUUAAACUGAUUAGACUAUUUAGUAAAUAAUGGUAUGGUUUGUUGCAGCUCCAUCAGCUAACAUUUGGUUGAACCCAUAUAGUGCAAAUAUAAUUUUCAAAUUAUUGUAUUGCCACUAUAGUUAAUUUGUUCCUUCCUUUCCUAUAGCUAGAUCUCAUAUGACUGUAGAUAAUAGACAGCUAGCUAAGUGUAGAGCACUAUACUUCUGAAUGACUUUGUUCUCAAAGGCUUUGCACUGAAGAAGGAAUGUGCAGACUCUUUUGUUUUAUUUGCUUUUAGGAAUGUAGAAUGUAAUUUAGGAGAUGGCCUAUAUUCUACCAACUAGUAUGAACAAUGCUAUAUAUAUGAAAAAUGUGUAUAUUUGGCGCUUAGUAUCUGUGUUUCAGUGACCGAAGAACAAAGUAGAGCUAAAAUGAUAUGCUAGCCCAUUCAUAAUCACUAAAGCCAUGUCAUGAUUGUCAUUCUAUUGUAAGGAGAACAGUUUUGAGUGCUUUAAUAUAAUACAACAUUUAAUAUAACACAUCAUCUUAAUCAAGGUGAAAAGUUAUUAAAGCUUAGAUUCUUAUCUCAAAAAUUUAAAAAUCCAAAGUUAAAAUCAACAAAAUGUUACAAAUGUUCCUGAUGUGUAUAGAUUAAGGGAAUUAUUUGAUUCUAGCCAAACUCUCAAGUCUAUAUUAGCGUGAUAUUUAACAUGAACUUGACAUAGUGGUGUGCAGUUGCCUAACAGGGUAAAUUUAGUAACCCAAGCCGACCAGGAAAGACAGGAGUGCUGGACUGUAGGCCUCAGCCUUGGGCUCUACGUUGUUUAGCUUUUUCUUUAUGAAAAAUAUCAUGAAAAUGAAUCCAUUCCCAUUGAGUAUGUAGAUUAAAACUGGGCUUUUCUAGAGUUUUGGGGAAAAGGAAUGAACUAGUGGGCAAGAUCAAAGCAUACACUGAAAAUAAACAGUAGAAAUAAAGAAACAAUAAGAAAGGUCAAUAAGAUGGCACAGGAAAUGCUUCUUGUGAAGGGCGAACUUACCUCUCUAAAAGUAGGGAAUAAACUGGCUGUGAGCAAGUUGUUUACCCAUGUUUAUUUGUUAUAAUGAUGAGCAGAUAGAUCGUGAAACUUUUGUUUUCCUUUAUUAGCAACCACUAAAAAGAGGCCAAGUUUUAGGAGGUGAGAAAAAGUACCCCUCUUACUGAUUCAAUUCCUGCUAGGAUGUUGUGUCUUAGGAUCAUGUGGGAGCUGGGGAGGAGAGGACAUAGCAGGAAUCAAAAGGAAUACAACAGAGAUGGUGAGAACAAGUUCAAAGAAUUCAGAUCAUUUAACUCUGGAGGGGAGAAAGCUGUUGAGACAAUUUAAUAAGUCUUAAGUUAUUAGUUGAAUUUUUUAUUAAAGGACUCAAAGUAAGAAAUAUGACAAACUGUUCUCUAUCUUCAGUGAGGACAGAAUAAAAGAGAAUAAGGACCUUUUCAAAAAAAAACUAAAUGACAGAUUUAAAUAUUAAGGGAUAUACUAAAUGUCUUUUAAAGGUUUCUUCCAAAAUUUUUUUAAAACUCAGGUUGGAACAAUGAUGAUGUCAUAGGGAGCACUGAAAGUAACAUUUGGGUUUCGCUCCCUAUCUAGAAGAAUUUAGCUCACAAGAGAGUUUUUGUAUAUGUUGAGUAGUAGAUGCAUGAGUGCAGUCUUUAUUCACUGCACAGAGACCUGCUUAGAUACGAUUUUUAAUUUAACCUGGCAAAUUAAGUGAGACUUGAACACCAUUUUGUUCAUCUUGAAGAAUGUAUAGCAUUAUAGGAUAUUUGAGGGUUUUGUUUUUUGCAUGUAGUAACUUCAGCAGACAGAGAAGUUCUAAGAGAUUGGAUACUUUAGGAAUAUCCUUAUAUAGAAAAUAGGCCUCCUGUCUCUUAAGGAGGUUGCCUCUGGAGUGGAUGCAACAGAGAUAUUAGCUGGAGUUUAAUGGAGAAAUUGUUCUAUGAACUGCUGCUACUGGUAUUUCUUUCCAGUGUUUUCCACUGAUGUUUGUGAUGCUUGAAAAAUCCAAAUUUUGCUUGGAUAAAUUUAUUUUAUGACUUUUUCUCUCUACCUCCCUCCUUCCCUAGGUGCCCUCGUGCAUUUGGUUACUGUGAAAAGCUAUUGCUCUAUUACCUCACUGAUAAGAAAUCUUAACUGUAUUCAUUCAGAAUGCUUUAAACUGAUUCAUAAAAGUAUGUUUGGAUUUUUUUUUGACUUUUGAUUAUUUUGUUAUUGUGAGAAUAUUUAAGACAUUGUAAGAAGUAAUUUUAAAUCUAUUUCAUAGCCUUUUGGGUCUGUCUGGAUACUACUAUAUGCUAAUUUAUUAUGGCCUUCUAUAAUUCACUUGUUUUUCUGAGAUUGCUCUAGAAAUUGAUGAGGAAAGAGUCCUACCACUCAAAAUGGAUGGCCAAUUUUAUUUCAGGUCUCCUUGUACUUGGGGCAUCCAAAGCACAAAAUCUGAAGAAAUCUUUUUUCACAUUUGUCCCCCAGAACAUCUUACCAUAAGCCAUAAGAAGUCCAAGUGGAAAGAAGAGAACCUUUCAUUGCAGGACUUGACACGGCAUGACUCUCUUUAGUUCUAGUUGAAAAAACCAAAUUAGUUUUUACCAUUGGUUACUUUAAAAUAUUAACCAUACUGUCACGUUCAUUAAACCAUCUUUUCUCUUUGUUAUUUCAAGACUAUAUACCUUAAAAAGAGGACAUUUAAGAAUGAGUAAAGUGACCAAGAUAAGGGCGCAUGGCAUGCUAAAGUUUGCUUCUCAAAUUUUUCCACCAGCAUAACCCUAAAGCAGAGGAACAUGAUGAAUAUGUGGGGGGAGGGACCCAACCCAAACUUAGAAGCAGUCUACCGCUCAUGAAAUUUCGUAUUCUGUCAUUAAAAUGUAAGCUGAAUUUUGCAUUCCCCAUAAUAAAACUGUUUCGAUGUAAAAAGGAUUCCUUCAGUCCUGACAGAAGCCGGUGCUGCCAGAAAGGAGCACCGUGUUGAUCAUAGAGCCUCUUAGUGGUUCCCCCCCCUCCUCAAUUGCUGCAUCUGCCUGGUGGUACACACAACGACCUUAACAUGAGAAAUAGAAACAUAGAAUGUAUCUAGCCUGUUCCCUGCAUUUUAAAAGCUGAACUUUGAAAAGUAUUACUGCCAAAUUAAACUGACCUGAAACAGUUACGUUAUCACUGAACCUCAUUGUCAGAGGUGUUGGCCAGUUUGUUUUCAUUAAUUCACUGGCAUUCCUUGACUGAGAUAGAGCAUCUGACUACCAGCUCCCUGAGAGCAGAGAUCAUGUUUUAUUAUUUUUCAUAUCCUCCUACCCCGCCAAGUAUAGUACCUAUUAUAGAAUGCUUAGUUGGUGAUAAUAGGAAAUAGUGGGUUGCAUUUUAAAGCAGCUAAUAGCUUAAGAAGCAAUCAAAAAUGUUAAUUUUCUGGUUCAGUUUUUUUAAACAAUUCUCAUUACUGAAAUUUAUAAUAAAUCAUCUUCAUUAAGCAUGCACACCCUUAAAUACUCAGUUUCUUUUGAGAGAGCAGAGCAUAUUUCCUAUUUGGAAAAUUAUAUAUAAUGCCUAGUAUUUUACACUCAAAGCAAGGUGUUGGCCAAGUAGGCUCAGAAGGUAUCUAUGUAGACUUAAUAUCACUGGGUAUAGGUGCCAGUUUGAGCCUCCUAGUGCUACCUUCCAAGUGAGUCACAACUAACUUGAUACGAUUUGAUAUAUUUUUGUCCACUGUUAUGAUUCAUCAUAUAUCUCACAAGAGGCACUCAAGCAAGAGUCUGCAUCUGUAUAUAUUGUGAGGCCUUCUUGUUUUAGGCUAAAAUAAACUUUGUAUAUGUCACUGAAUAUGCCAGAUAAAAUAUAUGCAGUUAAGAAUGAAUUAUUUUUCUGACUAUGUAGCAGUAGAUCAAAAAUGUGCUCUUGUUUUACCAGUUUUUGUCAACAUUUUCUCAUUUUUUUUUCUGAUGAAAACACCAGGGUGUAUCAUAAGUACUACCUGUGAGAAUUUGCACUUGAAGUGCUUGUGUGUGAAUUUCUUGUGGUUUUAGCCAAAUGAAGUGUUAUCAGUAAUAAACAGGCCUCUUUAUAGGCAUGAA